ACUCUGUUAAAAAUACAAAAAAUUGGCCGGGCGUGGUGGCACACGCUUAUAGUCCCAGUGACUUGGGAGGCUGAGGCAGGAGAAUCACUUGAAGCCGGGAGGUGGAGGUUGCAGUGAGCCGAGAGCAUGCCACUGCACUCCAGUCUGGGUGACAGAGCGAGACGCCGACUCAAAAACAAAAAAACAAACAAACAAAAAAAGACACAAAAGUUUCCCCUAGGGAAUUUUAAUUGAUGGGUUUAAAGCAAGCAGGCACAAGUUCAAGGAGAUCACAGUGUGACUGAGAGGUGGUUACUGUAGCACACCUACACAGUUCAUAUGAAGCGUGGGGGUCAGUGAGGCCAGUAUGAACAUUAUAUCUAGCUGUCCUAUAACGAGGUGGUCACUGGGUAUCAGUUGUCUAAGGCAGAUAUAUGGAUUCACUGCAUUAAGGAACUGGGAGGAGGUGGAGAACUGGAAACAGUGUUAACAGUGAAUAAACCCUGCUUCUGGUAUGAGAAAGUUAAACUUGUAUUUAAAAUGGAUGUCAAGGCAACAUAAAAUUAUAAGAAUUCACUACAAGUUUUGAGAAUCAGUGAAAUCCAACCAUGGUUCACAGGUUUAGUCGCUUUCUUAACAACCUAUGAAAGUUAAAUCAGCCAGGCACAGUGGCUCACGCCUGUAAUCCCAGCACUUAGGGAGGCUGAAUCAGGAGAACUGCUUGAGUUCAGGAGUUUGAGACCAGCCUGGGCAAUAUAGUAGGACCUCAUCUCUACCAAAAAUUUAAAUAUUAGCCAAACAUGUUGGUGCCCACAUGUAGUCCCAGCUACUCAAGAGGCUGGGGUGGGAGGAUUGCUUGAGCCCAGGCGGUGGAGGUUGCAGUGAGCCAAGAUUAAGCCACUGUACCCCAGCAUGGGUGACAGACUAAGACCCUGUCUCAAAAACAAACAGAAAUGGUAAAUCAUGUAAAUAAAAGCAAACAACAUGUUAUUUUUAUAUCUAUUAAUUGCAUAUAGUCCUCCAGAAAACCGGUUUGAGCCAUUUUCCAGAAAGGGAGUCAGUGGAGCUCCUUGUAGUGAGGGCACGUUAAUAUCUGUAUACUCUCCCUGGGGUGUGGAUGUUUUAGGGUUGUGCUGAGAUCUCCAAUGUUUACAGCAGGUUGAUGGUCAGCUUAAAAUAUUCUGUGUUGGCUGGGCACGGUGGUUCAAGCCUGUAAUCCCAGCACACUGGGAGGCUGAGGCGGGUGGAUCAUUUGACGUCAGGAGUUCGAGACCAGCCUGGCCAACAUGGUGAAACCCUGUCUUUACUAAAAAUGCAAAAAAAUUUAGCAAGGUUUGGUGAGGCAUGCCUGUAAUCUCAGCUACUCUGGAGGCUGACCAGGAGAAUCGCUUGACGUGGGAGGUGGAGGUUGCAGUGAGCUGAGAUCAUGCCACUGCACUCCAGCCUGGGUGACUCCAUCUCAAAAAAAAGUGAGACUCCAUCUCAAAAAAAUAAAUAAAAUAAAUAUUCUGUGUCCUCAAUGAUCAGGUGGUGACACAGGUUUGGGGGAACAGAAGCAAAUACAAUGAACGAGGUUCCUACUCAAGAUAGCACAGUCUAUCCUGGAAGACAAAUGCAAAUGAUUAUAUCAGAGGAUCUGAGAGAAUCACAGGUGUAUUCAACCUGAGUCCUCUUUGAAAGGGACAGUUAUUUAUACAAUGCUUAAUGUUUAGCUACAGAAAUAAUUGGGUGGGUCAAUGGUGGUGGGGUGGGGUUGAGAGAGAUUCAGAUGGAUAAACUGGACAGGUACAUCCCCAGCCACAGAGCACCUGGUGACAACCAUGUACUGUGAAGGUCAGGUGGCCACUGAAACAGAGAAAAAAGGGAAGAGCUCACAUUUGAUUAGUUCUUUUCAUAAGUGUUAAUGUGAAAAUAAUAGUUCGCUAGCAUCUUUGUUUUCUAAAAGGAAUACUUAUUUGCCAAUUUUAAAAUAUAUUUAUUUAAAUCUUUUUAGAGACGGAGUCUUAUUCUGCUGCCCAGGCUUGAGUGCAGUGGCACAAUCUUGGCUCACUGCAGUGCUGACCUCUUAGGCUCAAGUGAUCCUCCUGCCUCAGCCUCCUGAGUAGCUGGGACCAUGGAUGCACAUCACCAUGCACCGCUAAGUUUUUAAAUUUUUUUCUAGAGAUGAAAAUCUAUGCUGCCCAAGCUGGUCUUGAAUUCCUGGGCUCAAGCGAUCCUCCCACUGCAGCCUCCCAAAGUGCUGGGAUUACAGGCACAAGCCAUUACUUAUGCCCACUCCAGUGUUUUAAUCCAUAUAAAAUAUUUUAAGAUUUUCUUCCUCUGCUUUGUAUGUAAACACAGGAGGAAACCUAGGACUUUGCUGGUUUCUUUUUCAAACAGUACGAUUGAGAGUCUUUGUCUCAUGUAGCUGAUCAGUGCUGGUGAGAAGCAGGUGAAGAACCUGCAGUGGGCAGCAGCGCCUUGCAGCCAGUGACUCCAACCUGAGGCCAGUCUGGAGCCUGCAAAGGGAGGGAAAUGGAGCUCCUCAUGGGGCUUUCUGGGCAGCCUGCUGUCUCCGUAGGUGGCCUCCGGUUGCUCAGAACAGCUACAGGAGUGCAGAUUCUGAGAAGCAGAGCCCUGGGAAGCAAAAGAUUCAUGUGAAGAUAUGCUUGGGGUGUUCUGUCCUUUCUCAGGCUGUUAACUAUUUUCUGGGCAAUGUGUUUGUUUUGGCAUACAUAGGGUCAUUGUGGUCCAACUGUAAUUUGUAUAUAUGAAGUAAAUCUGGCAUGGUCAGGCUCAGAUAAAGACUCAUUUUGGAGAAAGGAUUUAUGUACCUGAUAGUUUACGUAGGUUAGAACGUUAAACUGACUUCAGGUAAGAGUCUCCUGCAGGUGUAAAUGAAGGUCUUGAAGGAGGCAGCUUUUCCACACUGUGUGGAGGGUACAUAAGGGCAUGUUGAGCUCCCAGAGUUAAAUCCUUAGGUCUCCCUACCUCAUCAGGAGGGUCUGAUCGACCUGGGCAUCCAUUUCAGUAGUCAGAGUCUGACUCCCAAGAUUAAGAAUAUGUUAAACCUGAAUGCAGGUGUUCCUUGUGAACUGUGGGUGAAGCCUGCUUGCCUGAGCUAGUUAAAAUGUUUGCUUUCCUUUUGAUUCCUUUAUGGAAUAAUGCUGCCAUAUAACUAUGCAUUUAAUAAUUUUUCCAUGCCUUUAUUAAUUUUAUUCCCACGUUGGCAUGGUUUUUGUUGUUGUUGUUGUUUUUUCUGGGCUGAAAAUGAGUAGACUAAGAGAUAAGGUGAGAAAAUGGCUUGGCCAUGGCACCAACUGCCCCAUCCCAAAUUCCUGAUCUCUGGAGGACAUCAGGCCCUCCCUGCUGUUCCAGUGUGGCCUGGUUUGGACUCGGCUUCCUUUUGCUUUGAGGGAAGGAGAUGUCUCCAUUGGACACUGAGUCUGGAAUUCCUUCUGCUCAUCUGUGACCUGGAAGAGGGAGAAAGGGCCCACCGAGUACAGGAAGAGGCCAGUAGUAGUAGCUCUGGAAAGCCUGUGGACAAUUGUGUUGAUGCCUCCAGCGGAGCCUGAUUUGGUUGCCUGGAGGAAGCUGGGCCUGCUAUUGGCUGCGGCUACAGCCUAUCCUUGCAGCCACCUAUUAGAUGACUUCUAUGACGCAGGGGGUGGAGCCCGAAUCUACCCAAUCAGGGGCGCUGGGGCGAGCUCUGAACAGUCCAAUCGGGUGCGCCGCCAGGAUGCCUGGGAAACGGUCAACAGGACUCAGUGGUCUUUGAGGAUGUGGCUGUGAACUUCACCCAGGAGGAGUGGGCUUUGCUGGGUCCCUCUCAGAAGAAACUCUACAGAGAUGUGAUGCAAGAAACCUUUGUUAACUUGGCCUCUAUAGGGGAAAACUGGGAGGAGAAGAACAUUGAAGAUCACAAAAAUCAGGGGAGAAAGCUAAGAAGUCAUAUGGUAGAGAGGCUCUGUGAAAGGAAAGAAGAGAUGGGGUUUUGCCAUGUUGCCCAGACUGGUCUCAAACUCCUGAGCUCAAGUGAUCCACCUGCCUCAGCCUCCCAGAAUACUGUGAUUAUAGGUGUGAGCCACCAUGCCCAGCCAAAAACUUUAAACUUAGAAGAACAUUGCAAGGCCUCAGUGGCUUUAGAGGAUGUGGCUGUGAACUUCACCCGAGAAGAGUGGGCUUUGCUGGGUCCUUGUCAGAAGAAUCUCUACAAAGAUGUGAUGCAGGAAACCAUCAGGAACCUGGAUUGUGUAGGAAUGAAAUGGAAAGACCAGAACAUUGAAGAUCAAUACAGAUAUCCCAGGAAAAAUCUAAGAUGUCGUGUGUUAGAGAGAUUUGUUGAAAGUAAAGGUGGAAGUCAAUGUGGAGAAACAUCUAGCCAGAUUCAAGAUAGUAUUGUGACCAAGAACACUCUUCCUGGAGUAGGUCCGUAUGAAAGCAGUAUGAGAGGAGAAAUCACCAUGGGUCAUUCAUCCCUUAAUUGUUACAUCAGAGUUGGUACUGGGCACAAACCACAUGAGUAUCAUGAAUGUGGAGAGAAGCCAGAUAUGCAUAAACCACGUGGGAAAGCCUUCAGUUACCACAACUCAUUUCAAACACAUGAGAGGCUUCACACUGGAAAGAAACCAUAUGAUUGUAAAGAAUGUGGGAAGUCCUUCAGUUCUUUGGGAAACCUUCAAAGACACAUGGCAGUGCAGCGUGGAGAUGGACCUUAUAAAUGUAAGUUGUGUGGGAAAGCGUUUUUUUGGCCCAGUUUAUUACAUAUGCAUGAAAGAACGCACACUGGAGAGAAACCAUAUGAAUGUAAGCAGUGUUCUAAAGCCUUUUCUUUUUACAGUUCCUAUCUAAGACAUGAAAGAACACAUACUGGGGAGAAACCGUAUGAAUGUAAACAGUGUUCUAAAGCCUUUCCUUUUUACAGUUCCUAUCUAAGACAUGAAAGAACACAUACUGGGGAGAAACCAUAUAAAUGUAAGCAGUGUUCUAAAGCCUUCCCUGAUUCCAGUUCUUGUCUAAUACAUGAAAGAACUCACACUGGAGAGAAACCCUAUACAUGUAAACAAUGUGGGAAAGCCUUCAGUGUUUCCGGUUCCCUUCAAAGACAUGAAACCACUCACAGUGCAGAGAAACCCUAUGCAUGUCAGCAAUGUGGGAAAGCGUUUCAUCAUCUGGGAAGCUUUCAAAGACACAUGAUAAGGCACACUGGAAAUGGACCUCAUAAAUGUAAGAUAUGUGGGAAAGGCUUUGAUUGUCCUAGUUCACUGCAAAGUCAUGAAAGAACUCACACUGGAGAGAAACCCUAUGAAUGCAAGCAGUGUGGGAAAGCAUUAUCUCAUCGCUCAAGCUUUCGAAGUCAUAUGAUAAUGCACACUGGAGAUGGACCUCAUAAAUGCAAGGUAUGUGGGAAAGCCUUUGUUUAUCCCAGUGUAUUUCAAAGACAUGAAAAGACUCACACUGCAGAGAAACCCUAUAAAUGUAAACAAUGUGGGAAAGCCUACCGUAUUUCCAGUUCCCUUCGAAGGCAUGAAACAACUCAUACUGGAGAGAAACCCUAUAAAUGCAAACGUAGGAAACCCUUUAUUGAUUUCUGUUCCUUUCAAAAUCACAAAACAACUCACACUGGAGAGAAGCCAUAUGAGUGUAAGGAAUGUGGGAAAGCAUUCAGUCGUUUCAGAUACCUUUCUCGACAUAAAAGGACUCACACAGGAGAGAAACCUUAUGAGUGUAAAACAUGUAGGAAAGCCUUCGGUCAUUAUGAUAACUUAAAGGUACAUGAAAGAAUUCACUCUGGAGAGAAGCCAUAUGAAUGUAAGGAAUGCGGGAAAGCAUUCUCUUGGCUCACUUGCUUUCUACGACAUGAAAGAAUUCACAUGAGAGAGAAACCCUAUGAAUGUCAACAAUGUGGUAAAGCCUUCACUCAUUCCCGUUUUCUUCAAGGACAUGAAAAAACUCAUACUGGAGAGAACCCAUAUGAAUGUAAGGAAUGUGGGAAAGCAUUUGCUUCUCUCAGUUCCUUGCGUAGACAUAAAAAGACUCACUGGAAAAAAACUCACACUGGAGAGAACCCAUAUGAAUGUAAGGAAUGUGGGAACGCAUUUGCUUCUCUCAGUUCCUUGCAUAGACAUAAAAAGACACACUAGCAUUCUCUCUAAAUUUAUGGAAUGUGGGAAAGCAUUUAUUAAUUUUAUUUCAUUUCAGAAACUUGUAUGAAACACAUUGGAGAUAGACCCUGUGAAUGUAAGCACUUGGUAAAGCCUUAAGUAGUUUCAGUUUGUUUCCAAUACAGUCAUCCCUUGAUACCUGCUGGGUAUUGGUUCCAGCACUCCGUGAGCCAUGUCAAGUCCCUUUUAUAAAAUGACAUAUUUGUAUGUAACUUACCCACAUCCUCUUGUAUACUCUCAAUUAUGUUUAGAUUACUUAAAAUACCUCAUGCAUUAUAAAAGCUAUGCAAAUAGUUGUUCUAUUGUAUUGUUUAGGGAAUCAUGAUAAGGAAAAGAGUCUAUGUAUUUUCAGUAUAGAUGCAGUAAUCGUGAGCCUAUCAACAUAGUGUAGUCAGCCAGAACAUUAAAGUUUCUUUGCUUCAACUCUCA